AUGGUCAGCUUCCUGCAGCUUCUCCUCGCUUGGCUGGGAGGGUGUGGUUGUGCCGGCCGUCUGAUGCCUCCCAGCCAGGGAGACAAGACCGGAUCCUUCCGGGGAAACCUGUCUCAACGUUGGGAACGACCUCUCUUCAGAAGCCGUCGCAGUUGGGUGUGGAACCAGUUCUUCGUCAUUGAAGAAUAUUCUGGUCCCGAACCUGUCCUUAUCGGAAGGUUGCACACGGACGUGGAUCAUGGGGAAGGUCGCAUCAAGUAUGUCUUGACUGGAGAAGGGGCCGGCACAGUCUUCGUCAUCGAUGAGAAGACGGGCAACAUCCAUGUCACCAAGACGUUGGACCGAGAGGAGAAGGCACAGUACACGUUACUGGCCCAAGCGGUGGAUCGGGCGUCCAACCGGCCUCUGGAGCCCCCCUCUGAGUUCAUUAUCAAAGUCCAGGACAUUAAUGACAAUCCACCUGUCUUCCUUCAGGGCCCCUAUCAUGCCACCGUGCCGGAGAUGAGCAAUGUCGGUACGUCCGUGAUCCAAGUGACGGCCCACGAUGCUGACGAUCCGACCUAUGGGAACAGCGCCAAGCUGGUCUAUACGGUACUCGAGGGCUUGCCGUUCUUCUCCGUCGACCCCCAGACGGGUGUGAUUCGAACAGCCACCCCCAACAUGGACCGGGAAACUCAACAGGAAUUUCUUGUCGUGGUGCAGGCCAAGGACAUGGGAGGCCAUACUGGCGGACUUUCGGGAAGCACGACUGUCACGGUCACACUUAGUGACGUCAAUGAUAAUCCUCCCCGCUUCCCACAGAGUUCCUACCAGUUUUCCGUGGUGGAAACAGCACCUCCUGGGUCCGCAGUAGGGAGGCUGCGUGCACACGAUCCUGAUGAAGGGGAGAACGCCCUCCUUGCCUACAGCAUCCUGGAUGGAGGAGAUGGAGGCGAGGCCUUUGCCAUUCACACGGACAUGUUGGGACAGGAUGGGAUCAUUACUUUGAAAAAGCUUCUGGAUUUCGAGUCCCGCCACUCUUACACCUUCCGAGUCGAGGCCACCAACACGCAGAUCGACCCUCAGUACAUCCGGAAGGGCCCCUUCAAGGACGUGGCCACUGUCCGGGUGACGGUAGAAGAUGCUGAUGAACCUCCGGUCUUCUCCCGUCCUGAAUACCAUCUGGCCGUUUAUGAGAAUGGCCCACCUGGGACCCUGGUGGGCAAAGUCAUGGCAGUGGACCUGGAUACGCCCAGCAGUGUCAUCCGAUACUCCAUCCUGCAGCAUACGGACCCUGAGCGCUAUUUCAGCAUCAACCCGCAGGAUGGCGCAAUUCUGACCUCGGUGCCACUCGACCGAGAAGUUUUGGCCUGGCACAAUAUGACCGUAAUGGCAACGGAACUUGACAGUCCCACACAAGGUUCCCAGAUUCACGUGGCCAUUCAAAUCCUGGAUGUCAACGAUAACUCACCCCUGCUGGAACAGAGCUACGAGCCUUUCGCCUGUGAUAACGCCAUCCCGGGCCAGCUGGUGCAGUUGAUCCGAGCGGUCGACCAAGAUGAGGAUGGUAACACGAGCCGGAUCAUCAUCCGCUCUCCGUCCGGGAUCAGAGAACCAAACGUCACUGUGCGGGAUAACAAGGACAAUUCGGCCUCCUUGUUGCUCCGGGCUACCCGCCUGCCUCCCCAAGGUGGAUUUCUGCUUGUGCCCCUGGAACUAGUAGAUGGUGGUUCCCCCACUCGCACGGGCUCCCCAACUCUGACAGUCAGCAUCUGCCGGUGUCGGCGAGACGGGGCCUUGCAAACUUGUGGUCCUGAGGCCCAUGGAUCUCCUACUGGCCUCAGCACCGGGGCUUUGCUGGCCAUCCUCGCCUGCAUUGGUACCCUACUUGCCCUGGUGCUGCUCUUUGUCGCCCUCCGGAGGCAGAAACAGGCUGCGUUGCUGCCCUUUGAAGAGGAAGAUGUCCGUGAGAACAUCAUCACUUACGACGACGAAGGUGGUGGAGAGGAAGACACUGAGGCCUUCGACAUGGCCGCCCUGCAGAACCCGGAUGCUGCCCCUGCGCCCUCACAACAACGGCGCCUCCUCCGGCGGGACGUCCUGCCCCGUCCACACUUCCCACCAUCCCUGUCCACCCGAGUGCCACCGCAACCCCAUGAUGUGGCCAGUUUUCUGACAGCCCGCUUGAGCGAGGUGGAUGCUGAUCCUUCCAUGCCUCCGUACGACUCCAUCCAGGUGUAUGGCUACGAAGGCCAGGGCUCCUCCGCCGGGUCUCUCAGCUCCCCCGGCUCUUCCUGUGCUGGGGACAGCGACACCGGUGGGUACGAGUAUCUGGAAGAAUGGGGGCCCCUCUUCCGAACGCUAGCUGAGCUGUACGGGGCACCAGAGGGUCCUCCUCCAACCUGA